GUACCUGCAGGGUAACCUGGUUUGUAAGUAAUCUCUGUCUCGGCUCAGAGAGCUCCCUGCUGUUGCCCUCUUGGGAGCAUAGGGGCGUUUCCCCCGCUUGUCCAGUGAUCUGACUCCAGGCGAGCCAAUAGCUCCAAGUGUCCCCUCACACUGGAAAGACUUAGUGCGAAACAAGUGUCACCGCUAAAGACUUAGCACAAAGAAAGAGCGAAAGCAAAUUUACAGGUUGGAGGAAGAUUCGGAAAAACGGAAGGAAACAAUCCGAGUUCGGGAAAAACGUGAACGGGAUUUAGGUCAAAGUGCAUUUAGCAAACGAAGGAGAUUCUGAGCAAGAAACAUUCCUUUCCUUACCAAAACCGUUAUCCUUGACUGAUACUUUUGUAAAAGCACUGAUGGCAAACUUCCUAAAAUACUUCACCACUGUGGGUGAUGAUUACCAAAAGUGGCAAGAAGAGGAAAGCCAUGAUGAUCUAACAGAUGCUAAUGAAGAAAGCCUUCCAUCUGGAUUAACUUUCAGGGAUGCUCUCAAAUGGUUAUUUAAUUCAAACAAUUUUCAGAUUGCCAUUGUGUGUUUAGUCAUUCUGGAUGCAUUGUUUGUACUGUGUGAAUUGCUGAUGGAUUUAGCAGUCAUUGAAGUGGACAAAGAGAAAAUAGCGCCUCAGGUAUUUCACUACCUGAGUAUUGCUAUUUUGACUUUCUUUAUAUUGGAGCUAAUUGGUAAAUUAUAUGCCUUCCGUUUGGAAUUUUUCUGGCACAAGUUUGAAGUCCUGGAUGCGGUUAUUGUUAUUGUAUCUUUCAUUCUUGAUAUUGUCUACAUCUCCCGGGAAGAUGCUUUUGAUGGCGUGGGCUUACUUAUACUGCUUCGACUGUGGAGAGUGGCAAGAAUAAUAAAUGGAAUCCUGAUGACUGUGAAGUCACGUGCAGUAAAGAAAGAAACUGAGCUUAAACGUGCAAACAGCCACCUCAACUGGAGAAUUGGUGAGCUCCAGAAUGAAUGCACUCAACUGACACAAGAAGUUGAGAGACUACGUAGAUUGCUCCAGGAACACAACAUAAAUGAUCCAAUCAAGUAAAAUUGCUUUCUGCAUAAGUUUUGAAUGAAAGCUGAAUUUAGAAUGGCACUUAAUUUUUGUAAACACUCCACCUGAGUCUUUUCAGAAUAAGACACAGCUUUUCUUGUGUACCUCAGAAGAUAUUGGUGUACAUGUUCUAACAAUGAUGUGAUACCAAAGAAUGAUAA